GGAUUAUCACUCCGAGAACGUAUUCACAUCCAUGGAGACAAUAAUGACCCUUGUUUUAGAAGAAAGUGAAGAAAUUUCUGUGGAGUUACUCUCUCCCAUACUGGCCAGUGUGAAAAAUGACAAUGAGGAAGUUCUGCCUAUUGCUCGGAGAUUGGGGGAGAGAGUACUGGAGAGCUGUGCUACCAAGAUUAAGCCUUACUUGGUACAGGCUGUAAAAACCUUGGACAUUACGUUAGAUGAUUACAGUAAAGUCGUAGCUACUAUCUGCCAAGAUGCGGAUGAUAAUGUUGAACAGAAUGAAGUCCUAGUUUCCACUGAAAAUGCG